GAUUCACCUUAUAUCCAUUUUUGCCUUCAAGUUGCCAGGAAAUGCCUUCGUUUAUCAAUCCCAAGUUACAUGACAGACUUAACCCUUUGACGUACAAUCGGGGAGGGGAAGUGGUUGCCACUCCCCUAUGAGGUUUUCAAAGUUUGUUUUUUAGACGAUAAAACAUCAGCACCUGACGUUUUCGGUAGUUGUUCGUUUAUCCCUCGCCGGCAUUUGAAGACAAUUCUAUUGAUGGCCAGGUACUAUGGUUACAAGACAUGACGUCAUAAGUAGCAGGUGGUCAAGCCAUUUUUGAGUGAAAAUGCAUGUUUUUUCAUCUUUUUUCAACAAUAAAGUAAAACUUGUAUUUGUGUAUUAUUUUAUAUGUCAAGCACAAAAAAUUACCGUUUAUUGGGAUUUUAACCUGAUUUAUAAUUCUUGGUAAAAUCCAAGAUGGCGACCAUUGUUGUUGACGUUACAGGCCUCCACCAGCGCCACCACCCAUAAAAUAUACCUCAUCUUGUUGAGAACAUCGAAGGCUUUCCACUAAAGGCAGAAUCGUUUCGAAAUACUGCAACAUGUCAAAACCUCUGGGGCAGAGGUUCCCUCACCCAACCCCCCCCCCCCCUCCGCCCCUGUACCACGGUGGGCCCCUGUACCACGGUGGGGGUAUGAAUUGGCAUUUACGUCCGAAGGUUAAGACAUCGACGGACGUCAUAAUUUUAUAUUAAUAUGUGAGUAUCUACCCAACUUUAAAAAAUCAAGUAAGCAAGAGACAAUUUUGUUUAUUCUAUACUCGGCAACGUGUUAUCUCUAAAAAAAAUUCUUUUGUUUUCUCUUUCUUCUUAUCUAGCUCGACAAGGCAGAAUCUGACUUGGAUGAUUUUAAGGACUUACGAAACUCUUCAUCAGUUCUUGGGGUAAUCACGUGAUUUUAGCGUAACUAAUUGUGUAAUGAAUUCUUUAAUUCUUUGUGAAAGAGUCCACAUGCUUAAGGUAAACUCAAGGGUUUCUUAAAAUACCUGGGUAAAAAGCCUCUCUCUGUAGAAUAAUUAGGUGUAGAGAAAAAGAAAUGUUCAUAGACUUAAAAUUUGACGUCUCAAUGCGCCUUAAUGUAUAAAUAUGGGCAUGUGAGUGUGUUAUUAGUAAAUUCAUCCAUUUGCUAAAAUGUAGAUCAUCAGAUGGAAUUAAAUUAAACUGCACAAACCGCGGACGAAGAUCUUGCUGUUUAUAAACGUUGGAUCUCUAGAAAGGAGAGUCUAAUUAGCCAAAAUAUUAAUAAGAACUAAAAACGAGAAGUCCAAAGACUACUCCAAAGCUGGCCAGCCGAAAUGUUGUUAUGAAAAAACAAUACACGUUUUUCUAAUCAGCUUUGUAGUAGUCUUUGGACUUCUCGUUUGAUCAUCAGAUGAUCAUAUUUUCACUGACUUAAGCGGCAUGUACGUUGGCAGGAUUUGAUUCCUCUAGGAUAGGGAAAUAUGCAGUUUUCAAACUAAGCUCGCGAACUAUUGCAAAUAGUGAGGGUCAUAUUUAAGAUAGCAAAUGCACUGGCCGGGAUGGCUGGCAUGGCGUUCUCCGCACCCCUCCCCGCCUCUCCACCCCAUCACCAUUUCUUUAAAAGUAUUAAUGGUCUCUUUUACAAAAUAAGAUGAUUUCACUCCACGGGUUUCUUUGGAAGCGGGGCGUGAGCGGACUCACGGGAAGAAAUUGGAGACAUCGCUAUUUUAGGCAAGAGAAUGAUGGCAAAAUUCAUUAUUACUGGAGAGCUGGAAGGAUUUGGUGGUCAAAAGGGUUCGUAUUUGACUAGAUCUUAACUUGACUAGACGGGGAAAAUUUAUAUCCACAUAAUUUUAGCAACACCUCUGUAACACUGUAUGAAGUAAAAUUGUAGGUAAUUUUGGGCUGGUUCCCUUUAGGGCGCUUUUUCCUUCGAAAAUAGUAUCUCGACCAUUUUUAUGAGCGCAUUCGAAGUAUAAGGUAUAUAAAAAGAGAAAACUACACGUAUUAAAAUGCACAAAAAUAUCAUUUUUAGGUUUGUAGGUUUGUGAAAUUUAAAACAUAUUUACUAAUUCCUGCCAAAACCGUUCUAAAAACUAGUAAUAAUCAUCCUUUAUGGAUCCGCGUUCGUCGUAAUCUACGAGCAUGACAUCUGCACGAAAACGAGACUAAAUCACGAAAACGAGUCCAACCCCUGCCCUGCCAAAGGAGUCCAGUUUCCUGCGGCCAAGAUGGGCCCUGAUAAAAUAAAUAGAGGCGGCUAAUCGGCAGUCGCCCGUGAUAGCUCGAAAAUUUCUGCCCUUGUACCACAAGAGUACCAGAUUAGGAUGCGUUCCGACGAACGCGAUAAACUGGUCCGUGAAAACGCCGUGACAUGAGCGCAUGGAAGCUGCUCGCUCCGGGUUAUGGGCUCCUGACUGGAAUAAAUUGUUCCCACACAUCCAACAUCAUACUGGAGCAGUUGGCCGAAAGGGUUUGCACUGUCUUGAGUUUGUUUCUGUACGAAAGUGCUCCUUUUGAUUGCCGAGUUGCAAAGUUUACUCUUCAUUUUCAAAGCCCUUUCAGUAGUUGGUUAAAUCGGUAUUUAAGGCGUUUUCUUACUAUAGGUACUAGUUUCAUAUUGUUUACAUAACUAUCGAGGACGAUAGCCUUGUAUCCAAUUAAUUAAUUUUUUUAAUCAUUUUAUAGAUUCAUAGAUAUUAGCAAGAUCACUGAUGUUGAAGACGUGCAUGAUUCGGAGACAGAGCAGUUCUGCUUUAAU